AGAACUAGGAAUGGCGAAGUGCGAAGUCGAUGCUCAGCAAGAGCUAGAGGAUGCAUUUGAAGCUAGAGAUUUGGUUGGAUUUAAACGUGCCAUCAGCCAUGGAGCUCAGCCUAACCUUAGCUCAAAAAGUGAUGAGGACAAUCAAGUGACCAUCUUUGAGAAAGCCUUAUCAACAAAAGGAUUAGCUAGAUUUAUAGAAGCGUCUCUCGAUGCUGGCUGCGAUCCCAAUUACGUUAAUCCGAAGCUUAAUAAAGCAGCCAUCCACUAUGCAAUCGAUUCAAUGAGUGCGCACAAUCUUUCCCGCAUGGUGAAUCGACCCAACGUCAAAUUAGAUGUUGAUCGAAAGUAUGAGGGGGAAACAGCAUUGAGUAGGUUAAUCAAAAGUCUAAGUGCAAAGAAUGCUCACCGUCUCUCUAUCGCCAUUCGAUUGCUAUUGAACCAAGGUGCUUUACCCAAUAUUGUCGAUUCUGAUGGUAAAUCUCUCAUGCAACAAGUGCUACUCAAUGAAAAAAUCUCGCAAGGAAUACGAACGAGUUUGAUCUUAGAGUUCCUAAAAGCGCCCGAACUCAGUCGGUUCAAUUAUCUCGAAGGACUCGAUUUUCUAUUGAUGUAUUCUCUCGAUGGUAACAGUGACCAGCUCUACCAUCUCCUAAUGCGUCCGUUACUCACUCAGCCUAUUCCGCCAAUGCUUGACACUCUGGCGCAAUACCAAAAGACCAUUGUAAACUGGGAUAAUAAGAAAAUGUUGCGAGCUUUGCUUAUGGAGCACAUCACAGAGCAUACUGAGAAUGCACUCGAAGCAGUGCUUGCCACCCUGGAAAAGAAUUCGCCUCAGGAAAAUGAGUAUCUUGUGGAGUUGGCUGUCAAAGCUGGUAACUGGUCAACUGCUCUCCAAUUACUUAAGAGCGAAUUUCUCAAGACGGUGACCAAGAGCACGCUUUUAAAAACAAUGAUUAAACAGGUGCAAUUGAAACCACUAAUCAAUUAUGUGCAGAGCAACGAAUACCAGGAUUGUUUGCUGGAAUUGCUUAAGGUUCAGAGGCAGUAUAUCAAUGACUUCGAUGAUCAGCGCAAAACGCCUCUGCAUUAUGCGGUGCUCUGUCGCAAUGAGAUUGCCAUAAGAGUGCUCUUGAGGGAAGGCGCCAGAUUGGGAGUGCGCAAUGACAAGAAUCGCUUGUUGAUCGAGGAUAUCGAUGUCAAGCUUCUGGAGGAGCAUUUCGAUUACUGCAUCACUGGGCGAGGCCAGAAGACCAGCCACGAGGAUUACGAGAUUAUAAUGAACUGUCUGAAUAUGACCAACAAGUACAACGAACUCGAUAUUGCUCCUAUUGCCUGCAUGGCCCGGUCGAAGGAGCUGUGCCCACUGUUGGAGCAUCCGUUGAUCACCUGCUUUUUGCAGCUGAAGUGGCGUCGACUCACCACCAUCUUCUUCACCCACUUUAUCAUCUAUAUCAUCUUAAGUUUGAUCUUGUGGAUCCAUAUUCGCUUACGUUUCCCUGAACGUCAUAACAACGAGCUUCCUAUACAGAUAGUUAUGAUUCUGUUCAGAGUGCUGAUUGGUUAUGUUUUUAUUGCUGAAGUCUUCUCUUAUAAGAUGGUCAAGCGUCGACCCAGUUUCAUAGAUUUCCCUUUGAUUUCUAUGCUCAUCCUCAUAAACAUCGAGUGGGAAGAUCAUAUCCAGAUUCAAAGGAUUAUUGCUGUCUUUGCCAUCAUGUUGAUGGGCAUCAAGCUAAUGAAUCUUAUUGGUGCCCUACCUGUGCCUUUCAUAUCGACGCACAUGCUCAUGCUGCGCCAGGUGGCCAGUACUUUCGCAAAGAGCUUGUUGCAGUACUCCAUGCUGUUGUACAGCUUCAGCAUAUGCUUCUAUGUCCUGUUUUCCAAACCGAAUUCUACGGAUUCAGCGAACUUAACGAUUAAAGAGUUUAGUCUCUCUUAUGCGGAUCUCGAUUUAUCGUUUAUCAAGACACUUGUUAUGUUCAAUGGUGAAUAUGAUGAAAGCGGCUUUAAUGGAUACUUCAGUAGUUUUGUGAUGAUCAUAUUCAUGUUUAUGGUCAUGGUCCUGACCAAUUUACUUAGCGGCCUGGCUGUUGACGAUACGCAGACUAUUCGGGCUCAAGUGGAACUCAAUGCUGCCAUUUGUCGAACAAAUCUGUUGUACAGCUAUGAAGGACUCUUAGACGGGAAUUCACCUCGAUUGGAACGUGGGCUUCGCAUCUUUAAGAAACUGAUGAGAAUCCAUGCUGAAUCUACUUAUGGCUAUGUAUCCAUAUUUCCAAACCAAGAGAAUCGGGUGGAGGUGUUCAGUCAAAGGCACAGAAAUCAAAGUAUUGAAAGUCUUGCGAGUGAAGAAGAUAACGUCGUCUUAGGUAAAGUAUUUACCGAUCAUGAAGAUGGUUCAAGCGGUUCCGAAUCUGAAAUGGAUGAGAUGGAGGAUUUGCACCGUUUCAAUGCAGAAGUUGAUGCCUAUGAAGAAACAUUCUCCCAGUCUUGUGUAUCCAAUAAACGCCACUCUUAUGAUAAUAUAACAAUUGACAAUCAGACUGUUGCCCGAGCUCUUAAAAUUAUUAAAGAAAAAGGAAGAAAAAAAUGUCGACAACAUCGAACAACUCGAAGUGUUCAUAGAACAACAACUUGAGGAUAUGAAGAUGCUAUUGAAGGAGAUCAAAAACCAGUUGGACUUAAAGAAUCCAUCCGAUUGAAUACAACAUUAUUUAACAACAAUUUAUAAAAGCAUAAAGAUUUACUAAUUUGUUCAUUACUAUUAAACAAU